GGACGCGUCAGGGGCUGUCUCUCCCCCUCAGUUAUCCCCCAGUUUACCUUCGGACGAGCCUGUAAUGGACUAGUUCAGUUCUCCCAGAAACCUGGAAUGAUUUUGUGAAACGUUUGGAUUUAUUGCUCGUUCCCAGAGAUUUUCCACAUUCAAGUCAGCAGGAUGGCUGAAAAGGAACCCGAAUCGCCUGGAAAACUAAAGACAUUAUUAUAGCCGGAAUUGGCUUUUUCGGAAUACGGGGCCUAUCCGAACGGACGAUUUCUUUUCACAACUUUUCUCUCUGUGGAUAAUGGAUGGCAGAGAUUUUGGACCUCCCCGAUCCGUCCACGUACCACCUCCGUUGUUGGCGGGGCUCGCAAUGGAGUCUCACCGACUCGGAGCAGCAGCUGCAGCCGGGAGGAUCCCUCCCUCGCCCGGUCACUUGGGCGCGAGUCAUCCGCCGCCUCUCCACUCUGGAAAAUUCUUGCCAUCGACCAUUAACCUACAUCCACACCACAGCGAUGCCUUCCCGGCCGGCUCCAGUCCAUUCCUGUCAGGUUAUCCAGGCCCCUCGUCCUUGACCUCUGACCCCGCAGCGUACCGAUCGGCCAAUCCCAGCGGUCUGCAGAUGGCUCAGGUCUGGGCAUCACACGCUCAUGAAGGCUACCCUCCUCUGCCAAGCAGCCUGUACUCCAGCCCCUACCUGUCCCUGGGCCACCUGGAUCCUCCCUCGCUCUCCCAACACCCUCUCUAUGACUCGCAUAAAGAGGGCUUUUACCUGCCAGCCUCCUUGAGCCAGUUGCCUCUCCACCCGCCGUCUGCUCCACCGACGACCCCGUCCAGCUCCACACCCCCUCAGAGGAUGUCCCGGGAUGGGGGUAGAGACCGGCAUUACCGGGUGGAGAGGGAGAGAGAGAGGAACAGAGAGAGAGAGCAGUCGAGAGAGGAGCAGAGGCCGCACAGCGUGGUGGACCUGACACAGGACGGGAGGAGCGAGGAGGACCGCAGGGCGAGGAGCGGCGACCGGGAACGAGAGAAAGAAAGGGACCGGGACACAGAGAGAGAGAUUUGGUCCUUCCAUCCUCACCCCCACCAGCAGAAGUCACACUCCCAACCUUCCACAGUGGAGCCCAGAUCCAGGCCGUCACCUUCGCAGCCCUCCUUCCCUUCAGGUGGGGGUGGGGCAGGAGGUGCGGGCAGGUUUCAUGGACCAGACACAGACAGAGGGGGCCGGGAUGAAGAGGGGGGCUCUCGACCCCACCAUAACUCUAACGCUAACUCAAAUAACUCAAACUCUCACUCAGACAGACAAAGGAGGAAUGACUCUGUGGCCACCUCACCUGGGGCGCUCCACGUUUGCUACACCCUUCCUCCUGCGCUUCAGCCCUCCGCUGCUGGCCCACCCCACCCCUCCACUCCCAGAGAGCUUAACAGAGAGCAGCGAGUCACCGCACCGACAUAUGUGCCUUCUGUGGAGGUUUACGACGAGCGGGCUGGGCCCAUCCAGAUCGCCUCGCAGGCUCGCGACAAGCACGGUGACAAACACAGAGACAGAGAAAGGGAGCGAGAGCGCGACAGAGAGCGAGAGCGGGAGAGAAACAGGGAGAGGGAGAGCUACAGGAUUCCUGAGAGGAGCUUGAUGGAGCAUCCUCGGCUCUCCCAAUCUAGCGAUUCAAACAAUCAAAGAGAGGAAGGUUCUGUCAUUUGUUCCAAUGGUUCUAUUGGUAAACGAGGCCAGGACGCGUUUAACUCCUCCAGUCAAUCAAGGUUCAGCCCUGAAACCAGGGACAUCUCUAAACACUCAAUCCGAUUGGGCAUAGAGCGGGCAGGGGCAGAGCCUAAGUGGAAUACUAUCAGCCCCUUAGCAAACUAUGCCACAAGUCACAUGGCUGCCCUGGCAGCCCAGCACGGACACACUAUCUCCUCCCCCCAUAGCCAGCCGACACACACACAAAUGCCCCAUUCCCCUCACACAACCCACCGGCCCACUAACCACCCUCACUCUGCCCACAGCCAUUCCCCCCAAAUACACCCCUCCCAACACGGACAUGGUCAUGCAGGUGAGGAGGGGAGUCAGAGACGGUACCUGGACCCAUCUGCGCUUUACCGACCUGGGUUGUCGUUGGUAGGAGGGUCCAGUGGUGGAGAGCGAAGCGGGGGUGCGGGUUCGGAUCCCACAGAGGUUUCAGCCAUGCAGAGUCUGAUUAAAUACAGUGGGAACUUUGCUGCUGAAGGUCCUGGGUCGUCCAGGCACGCUGCGGACGGCCGUGGGCCCUUCGGCGGUCUGGCUAACAUUGGGACGGAAGCCGAGAGGGAGAGGGAAAAGGAUAGAGAGCGUGAAAGAGACAGAGAGAGGGAGAAAGAAAGAGGGCGUGAAAGAGAGAGAGAGAGAGACAGGGAAAGGGUGUCUGUUGGAUCAGGUGCUUCAGGGGCGUUGAGGGUGCCUCCCCAGCUAAAGAGAGAGCAGGAGCGGCCGGACAGCGCCCGCUCGUUUGGCCGGGAGGCGGAGGGGGAGGUACGCCACCCUCCGGUUGGCAUUGCUGUAGCUGUGGCCCGGCAGAGAGACAGUGGGAGCUCCUGUAAACAGACCAGUGGACCUUCAGACUCCCAGAGAACCCUGAUGCAAACAGCUAUUAAAGAUGAGGAGCGAGGGGACGACCAUGCUCGCCAUCAUGAUGACAGACUGCUGUCCGGCCGGCUGGAGCGCGAGCAGGAGAAAGUGCUCAGAGAGUCCAAGGAGCUGGCAGAGUUUACUCAGAUGCACCCUGCUCCGCUGUCUAGCGGCCUGACAGCUAGUAUGAUGACACCCAGCCUCAUGACCCCCAACCUUAUGGUAACAGGAGGGGCCGCCCUGGCAGGGGCAGGGCGAUGGCCUCCCGACCCCUCAACUCUGACCUCUCACCCCUGGAUGCCCCGUCCUGGGGCUCCCCCAGUCUGGCUCUCCAGCUCACCUUACAGCCUGGGUCCUUCCUCACUCCACCAGACCCUACCCCCAGGCUACCCACCCUCUCUGCCAGGCUCCAUACCCCCUCACUACCAGUUUGCCAGGGACCCACAGUCUGGACAGCUAAUAGUCAUCCCCACUGAACACCUGCCACACUAUGGAGGUGAUGUACUGGAGCGUGGAGCCCCUGUGUGGUCAGGGGGAAUAUACAGUACAGGCAGCUCCUUGCAGCAUGCAGCCCAGCUCCAGCUCCUCUCCCAGCAGCAGAUGCUCCGGCAACAGGAGCUGCUCAUGAUCCAGCAGCACACCGCGCAGGUCCUGGAGCUGCAGAGGAACGCACAGCUAGUUGAGCGUUUAAAGGCCAGUGAGCAUCGGCCGGAGAUGGAAGAAAAAGCAGACAAGCGGAACGCCGACCCCAAACUCCGCCCCACCUCGGUAUCUUCCCCGUCUCCCUCACCCGUCCUACACCCCCGCAAACCGCCCCCCCACUCUCGCUCGCCAACCCCGUCUACCUCCUCCCUCACCCCGCUGCCUCCGCUCCCUUCGCCAGUGACCACCCUCAAGUCAGAGGAAGGUGGGCAGAGAGUGUUGUCUCACCCGCCGACACCCCUGCCUCACCCGCCUUCUCCACGCUCAGCCUCUCCGCCUCCAUCCUCCCCACGGCGACCUAAACAGGAGGUGUCCGAGGAGGGCGAAGUGGGACGGAGGGACCAGAGAAGGGGACAGAAGCCGGGCUCUGCGUCCUUUCAAGGCAUCUACUCUGAUCUCCCUCCAGGUUACCCAUACCAGUCCAUCAGUGCCCCAUUUGGCUCAACUUUCCCCCCUUAUCACAUCCCAGCACCCACAGGGGCAAACACAGAAGUUGUCCCACCCCACCACUCCCGCUCUCCUGCCUCUGCUGCCCCUUUGCCCUCAGCCCACCUCCAUUCAAGGCUGUUGGAUGCAGACAUCAAGCCAGAGAAAGUAGAGCCGUCAAAGACGGGAUCUUUUCUCAAGCAGGAACCCGGCGUGGAGCCGCCUCAGCUUGACAUGCCGCCAGAACCUCUGGGUCCUCUUCACCAGAGCUGCAGCCCUGUGCUAGCCAGCCAGGACAGAGACGAAGACGGGGAAGCCCAGAAGCCCCAUGCUCAAACGCUUCCUCUUUGUGUCCCCAGCCCUCCACCGCAACGAGCUAAAAGACUGGAAGAAGUAAGGGAGGAAGAGAAGGAAGGAGGGCAAAUCAAAAUGGAGGUGUCAUCUUACUCCUGUCAGGCUGCAUAUCCCCUGCCUCCUCCACACACAGAAGCCGAGCCGAAACCAGAGGUCAUCAAGGAUCCAGAACGAUACCCAUCAUGCAUCACUGCAGAUUCAGACAGCCAGGAAUCAGGUCUGAUGUGCUCGUCACUAGAGCAAACCACCAGUGCUAUGUGUGACCAAGAACAGCCAGACACUCGAAUCAACUCACACACUCCCAUUCAGAAAGAAAGUGUCGCUGAAACUCCCAUUUAUCCUCAUCCCACCUCGAACUCCCCACUCACGCUGGUCACCGGUCCAGAGGAUCCCAUGGCAGGGAUGCUUGCUCUGCUGACGGCCAGUGAAAUGGCCCAGGCACGCCCCUGUACCCCGCCUGCUCAAAUACUCAUACCGCAAAUAGAAAACCCUCCCCUGGGUGCAGACUGCAGCAGCGCCGGUGCUCUGGAGAUGGUGGCACUAGAGGGGAUGGCCCUGCUUAGCCAAAUGGCCCAGCAAGAGAUGGAGAACAUCAGCCUGGAGCGAGAUCUGACUUUAGAGGGUUUGGACUGUCUUCUUGAAGCAAGUAGGCAGAUUUUGUUGGAGGCCAUUGAGAAACAGUCCCACAUUGAUCUGCCCAGAACGCUGGACCCCAACAAGAAGUACAGCUGGAGGCAGAGGAAGGAGGAGCCGCUGUACAGUAAAAUGUCUGUGGACGUGUUGGAUGCAGUGGAAGUGGAAUACCGCGUUCGCCUGGCCGAGCUGCAGAAGACGUAUAAGGAGAAGCAGAGAGAUUUGAGCAGGCUGCAGAGACGCAGAGACAAACGUGAGCGUCAGCAGCAGGAGGAUGAGAGGCGGAGUCUGACAAGGCGGGGCAGAGGACGACCCAGGAAAAGGAAACACUUAACUACACCUCCUAAACUGGACAGCAGGCCUGGAAAGGUGGGUAGGACAGUGCAAUACUCGGAGGACUCUGAAGCUGGGGAGGGACAGAAGAAGAGGUUCCGGGUGUCCAGAGGAGAAGAAGAGGAGACAGAGGCAGGAAGUGGAGGAGUGAAGAUGAAAAAGAAGAAAAAGAAGAAGAAGAGCUGGAAUGACCAGGAGCCAUCCACUAGUCAUUCUCUGGAGCAGAAGGCGAAGCGUGGCCACGUCUGUGAGCAGGAGCAGCUGGCGUCAGACCUCGACAGAGCGCUCUCGCUCUCGCAGCUCGGCUCACUCAGUGCGUCUCGCAAACUUGCCUCCAGCUCAAAAGUAGUUAACAAGUCGAAGGGCAAGUCUGUGGAAAGUCAGAUGAAGGAGCGCGGCAUCCACUCGUCUGUCAAAGGAGGGAAGCACAAAAUGGCUGCCAAGGCUUCUGCUUCGGAGACCGUCCAGAAGGAGAAAGGUCAGAAGAAGACUGCUUUGUUCUCUCCCAUGAGAUCAGAGCUCAGCAGCUGCUCCAACAACUCAGAUUCAGAGGAGCGCACUUCUGCUCAAAGGGGCUGGCCCCCUCCCUCAGGGACGCGUUCCCUAGACAACCUGACCAGGAAGAGGCGGUCUGCAUCGUCGCCGACAUCCCUGCUAUCCAGUCAAAAGUCUCAGAAGAAGAAACACAAGCACUUAUCCCUGCUGCUGGAGGAAGCGGGCCUCAGCUCCUCUGACGACUCCUUCGACCAAGAGACCUCCGAGGAUGACGACGACAAUGAGGAUGAGUCCGAUUCGGACGAUGAUGGCGGCUGUGAGGAGAGCGGGCUGGGUCUGCUGGCCAGGUUUGCGGCGAGCGCGCUCCCAGUCAGCUCCACCCCAUUGAGCCUUCUCCAUGACGGCAAACACCGCAGCAGGCAAAGCACUCUGGGGUCAUCCGAGUGUGAGUGGUCGGACUCUGGCUCGGACUUGCGGCUGAGAAAGUUCCCCUCUCUUCUGCACGGCAAACGCUCUGUCCCAGAGCUCCCCUUGUUGCCCCCGGCAACCCGCCGCAUCGACCAGACCAGCCCCACCAAGCAAGACGAAGCACAGCCAGUCAAACACAAGCCUCUUCCCAAACCACGGCCUUCGCCCCGGUCGCCACGGCAGUUUAGCUUCGACCUCCCCACCAGCUCUGGGGUCGGAGGCUUCAGCGAGGACGAGGGCUGGAACCGACGACGCAGUGAGAGGAUUUUCCUCCAUGAUGCCACCGCCUCGGCCAGUCAGACGUCUGUGUCUGCCUCUACUUCCACCAGUCAGAGCUCCCCCUCCAGCUCAGCCCCACCUCUCACCCCAAAGCCCGCCUCCAGACCCAAACCCACUCCGCCCAUCAGAGAGGGGAAAGAUGUGGUGAAAAAAAAGAAGCUGAAGGUCUCUCCUCUUCCUGUGAGCCCGUCCACUCUGUGUAGUCCAAUCCCAGAGGGCCCUGUCCCUCUGAGCCUCAGCCCGGCACGCAAGAGCCAACCAAAAGCCAAGACCAAGGCCAGAGAGCCUUCCAGGGGAGCGGUGAGCCGGCUGAUGGAGAGCAUGGCGGCAGACGAAGACUUCGAGCCCAACCAGGACAGCAGCUUCAGUGAAGAUGAACUCCUCCCACCGCGCAGCAACAGCGUGUCGGAGAGGUCCUCCACACCUGCUCCAGUGCAGUGUGUGUUGGAUAAGGACUCUCUGGUGGAUGGACUCCGAGUUUUGAUCCCGAUGGACGACCAACUACUGUACGCGGGACAUGUGAACACUGUACACUCCCCUGACAUAUACAGCGUGGUGGUGGAGGGGGAGAGAGGGAACCGACCGCACAUCUACUGUUUGGAACAACUGCUGCAGGAGGCUAUAAUCGAUGUGAAACCUCCAUCUGUGCGCUACCUCCCAGAGGGCACCCGCAUCGCUGCCUACUGGAGCCAGCAGUACCGCUGCCUUUACCCCGGCACUGUUGUCAGCGGAAGUUCCGAUAUUGAUGAGAAUGAUGAUCUCAUCACGGUGGAGUUUGACGACGGCGACACCGGCCGCAUCCCCCUCUCACACAUCAGACUACUGCCGCCAGACUACAAGAUCCACUGCGCUGAGCCUUCCCCUGCACUGCUCGUGGCCAGCUGCUCUAGGAGACGAGUCCGCAAAUGCAGCAAAGAGGGCAAAGAGGCCGCCACAAAGCCAGAGGAGGCUGCGCCAAAGAUCAAAGGAAAACCUGGUCGCAAACCCAAACCCAAACCAGAAACCUCCGUGAAGCCUGAGGGUCCUGCAUCUUCCUCCACCCAGGCUGCAGAGCGACCCCAGCCUCCAGCCAAGCCUCCCCAGGACAGGACCUCUACUGUACAGAAGGCAGCUCAGGAGAAGCCCCGGCCUGCAUCCCGGCCGACAAUGGCAAUCCAGGCAAAGCCGGGCCGCAAGAGUUCCACCACGUCCCCUGCAAGUAGUCCUACCCUUCCAAACCCAGUGCCCAGGAAAGCCAGCUCAGCCCUGCCUCCUGCUCCUAAAACUGCCCGCGCUCUACCCCCAUCCCUCUACCCCUCCACCUAUGGGAAGGUCCUGACUGUGGAUCUGUACAGCGAGCCCAACCUCAGCUCAUACAACAACCAGCGCAGAGAAAGAGAAAAUUCCAGCAGUGUCAGUCCCACCACCAACAGACCGAUGUCCAGGCCCAAUAUAGCAUCAUCAUCUACUGCACCCAAGCAAAGUGCUUCGUCCACACCAAGACCCACUUCUGCUUCCACACCCAAAACCAAGCCCUCCUCGGACCAUCACAGCAGCUCCAGACCUAGCCUCAGCUCUGGGCUCAUACCCAGCCCCACCUCUAGGCUGUCAACAGGCAAGCCUGGCUCUUCACUGACUCCCAGACCUUCAUCAUCAUUGUCUUCAUUAUCUUCAUCAUCUGCCCUCAGACCCAAACUGAAGAUGCCAUCCGACCAGCUAUCCUCCAGCUCCAGACCCAGCCCCAUCUCCAGACCCAAGUCCAGCUCAGGGCAAAAUGACAUGGGCUCGCUUGUGAGGCGCAAGCCACUGUCUGCGGAGCCCCUUGUGAAGCUCGACCAUGAAGGUGUCACCUCCCCCAAGACCAAGAAGACCAAGGCUCUGAUGUUGCUGGAGGGUCGGGGGGUCAGACGGGACCACACCCCCAUAACCAACACAGCCACAGCCAAUCAGAAACUGCUAAAGGCUAAACUGAGAGCUCCAGAUAGAGAAACCGGCCUGCCAGAGAAAGACUCCACCUACAAAGCGCCAACGCUGGCUAAAGAGAAAGCAGAUAGUCGUGGAGGUGCUGGUAGAGGACAGGAGAUGGACAGCAGAGAGGAGAAGGGUAAAAAAGAGGAGAGAAAGGAAGCGGAGAAAAGAGAGGAGAGAAAGAUGAAAGAGGAAUCUCAGAGUAGCAGCAGCUCAGAGUCGGAGGAAGAAGGGGAGAAAGGGAAGAAGAAGUGCAAAAAGAAGAAAUGCACCUCAAGUUGCUCUUCUUCCUCUUCAUCCUGCUCUGGUUCGUCCUCAUCUUCUUCAUCAUCAUCAUCUUCGUCAUCCUCUUCGUCCACUGAUGACUCCUCCUGCAGCUCAGACGAAGAGAGGACCCUUACGCCCCCACCAGGCCCUGCCUCUCCUCCUCCGAUAAAGGACAAACCAAAAGAAGAAACGAAAGAAGAAGAAGAAGAAGUGAAGAAGGAGGCGGAGGUAAAAGUGGAGGAAGAAGAGCUUUCUCCUCCCUCCCAAUCUCCCUCACCUUCAACCUCUCCUACUCCUGCUGCUCCUGCUCCAACUAAACCCGCUAAACCAGCCACCGGGAAAGGGUCCGGGCAAAGGGGUCGUCCUCCGAAACCAAAGCCCGGCGGAGGAGAGGGGAAGGUGGGGAGACCAAAGCGGAGAGAGGGGGUCCAUCUCCCUACAACCAAGGAGCUGGCUAAACGUCAGAGGCUUCCCAGUGUGGAGAACAGGCCCAAGAUUUCUGCUUUCCUUCCAGCCAGACAGCUCUGGAAGUGGUUUGGGAAACCCACACAGAGACGCGGUAUGAAGGGCAAAGCUAAGAAGCUCUUCUAUAAGGCUAUUGUGCGUGGCCGAGAGAUGAUCCGCAUCGGUGACUGUGCUGUGUUCCUGUCUGCCGGCCGGCCCAACCUGCCGUUCAUCGGCCGCAUACAGAGCAUGUGGGAGUCGUGGGGCAGCAACAUGGUGGUCAGAGUUAACUGGUUCUAUCAUCCAGAAGAGACAAAUCCCGGCAAGAAACUCACCGACAAGAAGAACUGGGAUCAGAUGUGUGGUCAGUCUUUACCAGCAGCUCUGCAUUCUUCUAUCCAGAGAAAAGACUUCAUGGAGCGCGCCCUCUACCAGUCGUCUCACAGCGACGAGAACGACGUACAGACAGUCAGCCACAAGUGCCUGGUGGUAAGCGUGGAGGAGUAUGAGCAGAUGACCCACACGCGCCGCUAUGCUGACAGCGAAGACCUCUAUUACCUGGCCGGCACCUAUGAACCCACCACGGGCAUGAUCUUCAACACAGACGGAGUCCCAGUCCUCUGCUGAACAUACACAGAAACUCACUACGAGUUGCUGAAACCAAAUCUUGACCCGGCUUUCCUUCUUUGCACCUCACUGAGGAGUCAAACCCAACCCGUGGUCUUUCACAGUCUAAUCACUGAUCUUCAUUCAUGAUGGAUCUUUAACAGCCGUGACUCAUUGAACUCAACCGCUCCAAUACCAUGAUACACUUUAAACAGACUGUCAUGAACAGCCACUACUACAGAGACAGGAGACACUAGACAGUAUUAUAAGGAACAAGUCUCCUGAAUCCUUUGCACACACAGACUCUAUUUCCACGUUAUGUUGUGCUUAUUGUGUUCAUGGGAAAGCUUCAGAACACACACGAGCACCUCAGUCUCCUUUUACAUGUAAAUAAACACGCUCACACGUGCACAGACACAUGUAAAUACCCACCUCCAUGUAAUACACACAGUUAUAUAGAGGAAAUAUGAGUGUUUUAUUUUCUGUAAUAGAUUUAUGUCAGAGUACUUUUUUCUAAUGAGGUAAACAGUCGAAAAGCUUUAAUGAACUGUGAAUGAUGAUAUGGGAGAGAGGCCCGCCUCUGUCCGUCGGACAGACAGACACACGCCGGUGAUGUGACGUUGUGAUUAUGAUGUUGCUGUGGUGAUGUUACAUGUUACAGUCAUAUAAAUGUAUCUACAGAACAGCAGGAGCGACAGAUGCAAAAGAGAGAAAGAGACGCACAGAAAGAGAGAGGUAGAGACUCCUUCCAUUGCUGUCCAACAGAAGCACUUAACAAAAAAAAAACACUUAAAGUUUUAUCCUUGUUUAAUUUAACCCCUUCAAUUCCCCUUGACAAUCCUAACUCGGGCAGGCAAACCGUCUGUGUGCUACUAAUACUUCUGACUCCCUCAGAGACUCAGGUUUAAAGAGAGAGGAAGGAUUGUGUACUAAUAAACGCACUUCCCAUUUUCAUCUUUGUGUUCCUUGUCUUGAAGGAAAAAUCCACCCUGAAAACACUAUGAAACAAAAACAAGCUGCUGUUGAUGUAUUUUGUUGUUUGCACUGAGGUCAGACAACAACAGGGGGAGAAACAGAUACUAGAGGAGGCAGACUCCAGUUUCUCCACCUUAUGAAACCUCAAUAGAGACCCAGCACAGCUAUGAGAUUUUGGGUCGGGGAUGUUCAAAAGCAUUCUGGGAAACGUAGGUUUGUUUUUCUUUUGGUAAGUAAAAUGGGUAACUAUGAAAAGUAAGCUACAACACUUCUAGUAACCCCAUGAAUGCGCUGAACAAGGUGAGCAAAUGUAUUAAUGGUGUAGGAGUCCCAGAGGGUGGAUUUUUUCUUUUUCUUUUUUUCUUAAGGCGUUUUUAGGGUUGUAAACAUGGCAAUCAGUCCAAGAUGCAUCAAGGUCAAGGCACUGAUAGUCAGCAUGAAGCUGCCAGCACUGAUUAGAUUACAAACAUAAAUCAGUUUUGACAGUCAUCUUCCACAGUUUGGCUUCGUUCAUUUUGGCUGCAGGGUUUCCAACCUCUGAAUGUCCUGUGUUCGAUGUAUUUUAUUUUUCUUUUGCUUCUGGUGUUUUAUGGGUGUCUAUCUUACCCCAGUUUGAUCACAUUUCACCCUUUCCGAGCAAUCUUCUUUGACAUGAGUGCACUUUGAAUGAGCUCCGCUGCAGAGGAGAGACUGACUUGGGAGUCUUGUAUGUUUUCCUUAGAGUAUUUGCUAAUGCCCCUCCCACCACUCUCGCGGCCUCUCCUCUGCAUGAUGCCCCUUCACCACAAACAAACACACGCCGCCACGUCCCUUUUUAUUCUUUUCGGCUCUCUUAGCUGCUUAUAAUUUUUUUUCUACGUGCCUAGUUUUUCACCGUUGUUAGGGUGAGACUGUUGAAUGUCGUGCUCAGGGUUGUGAGCGUUUGGGCGGUCUUACUCUCUCAGGCCUUAUGAUGAUGAUUUGCCAAAUCUCGCUUAGGUCCCGCCACCCCUACUCCAACCACCGUCCUCAGCUCCUUUUGGUGCCCGAGGAGUAAUCACAUUGGUAUAUUCCACAGUCUGCUGACUUUGGGGAAACACCUUUCUUCUUUGUGAUUUAUAGUUUAAACAACCCUCCGUUCCUGAGCGCUUAACUCACUUAGCUACACUAUUGUGUAUAGAGUUUGUAUCUAUAUACAGUAUAGUAUACUGUAUAUAUAGUAUAUAUCUGUGAUUAUCAUGUUGAUUUUCUUGUAUGUUUCUUACCAUGUUGCCCUCUUUCUGCUUUGCUGCAGAGAUUGAAGAUUGUCUUGUUGAUAUUCAAUAGGUUUAAUGUUUUCUACUCUUUGAGAUCUUUUGGUUAUGUCUGGAUGUGUCUGAUUUUAUUAUGGGAUAUGUCAUAUUUUUAACUCUCUCUGAGAUGGCUGCGUGACGUCUGGAUGACGGCCCAAGAUGUUAAUGUUGUUCAUAUGAGAUUUUCCCCAUAAAUGACAUGAAGACGUCUGCCAGUAUAGUAGCAUUUCAGUACACGUUCAUAUAAAAUCCAGACAUGACAGCCACCCAGUAAAGGAAAGAGUUUGAUAAUGUGCUGCUAGUCUAUUAGUAUUGAAAGUGGUGUAAAGCCAGGUACGGAGUGACUCUAUAUGCUGUUUUCUGAGAUUACUCAAUCAGUUGAUGCCAGAAAAUCUUAUCUGCUAAAGCCCCACCUGCUCCCCAUGCUGCUGCUCUUAUGUGUGCUCCCCUCAGGGCUGAAACCUGAUCGAACAUAUCUGCCCAAAACUCCCAUUUUCUGCUGACAAAAGUGUAAAAGUUUUGAGUGACAGUUUGCCAAAAUGGAUCUCCGACUGGUAUCUCAGCCGUGGGAGUGUAAUGGGUACACAGGUCGCAGCGGUGUUUGCAGAGUGAACAAGUGAAAGUGCCCGUUAUGAAUGUUUGUUUACCCCUGGAGCUGCUAAAGCACUUUUUGCUGUGUGUGUGUGUGUGUGUGUGUGUGUGUGUGUGAGGGAGGGAGACUGAUAAGACAUCAUACUCUUAUCCCCUGGUAUUAACACAUACACACACACACAAACACUUACACACCUUUGUAACCCUUUAAGGUGUGUGUUAUUGCCUUCCAAUCUCUAUUUGCCCCCCUAUCUCCAUCCAAAGCCCAGCCUUAGGUCUUCAAACAGGGUCCAGCACACACACACACACACACACACACACACUUAUUGCCCACAUCGCCUUCAUUUUCUUUUGGUGUCAUAUGUUUUAAGAGCCUGACUUUGUAUGUGUUCUUUGAUCACCGUUAAUGUUUUACUUUGCCUUGUCUCAUGUUUUUGCUGUGAUUUGUUUUUAGAACUCUUUAGCAUGUUUCCGUCAUGUUUUUCUUUUUCAUCCCUUGCUUCCCCUCUCUGAACAAUCGUCCACGCCUCUCAAGCAAUACUGCUGACAGGCACUGGGAGCUAGCUGCUAGAGAGAGAGAGAGAAAGAGAGAGCGCAAAAGAGAGAAUGGGAGAGAGAGAGAGUGAGGUGGACUGGAGGCUGGUUCUUCGUCUGCUGUUCCUUCAGUAUCGUCCUGUUACAGAUUUAAAAAGAAAAAAAGAUUAUUUUGAAAGUGAACAGAAAAAUCAUCUAAGUUUUGUAAAUGCUCCUUCAGUGUCGAGGGAAAAAAAGAAUAUACUUUGUACACAUGUCUUAUCUUGUAAAAAUGCAAAAAGAAUACAUUUUAGAGAUAAAUCUGAAACCAGAUAUAUUCUGUCACCCUAUACUAUGUGUAAGGACUGUUUUUUUCCUCUUUUUUUUUUUUUUUUACAGACAGCAACCACAUUUAUCAGUGUUUCUUUUAAAUUGUUUUAGUAACUCAAUAUUUUAUAGUUAAUCAAUAAACAGAUGUAACUGUACUUUUGGUGUUCUGUGUGUCUCUGGCUUGAAAACCAAACCUCUUUCAUAUCUUUAAGCCUUUCUCUUUUCUGAAUCUUUUGAUGACAUUCGUGUACCUUUUCCCUUUCAUCACCCUCUUUGUUUGUUUUUCCACUUCAGUCAUAAAUUAGCAGAAACACAGUCUUGAUUAAUUUUGAAUUUUAGUCAAGACAAGCUAACAUGACACUUCGCCAAGUCAAAGGAAACGUUUGCUUUGCUUUCUUGCUAAUAAUUAGAUGUCAAGAUUGAUACCACUCUCUAAUCUCUUAAGUUAUAGCCAACAGCCGGUUAGCUUAGCUUAGCUGGUAGACUGGAGACAAGGGAAACCCUAGCCUGGCUUUGUACAAAUUGAAUAAACAAGAUAUAAGAUGUUAAUUUGUGAGCCUUAGAGGUGCUGGUAGGUGGAUUUUAUUUCAUUUGGACAGCACAGCUACCCAUUCCCCCCCCCUGCAUCCAGUCUUAGUGCUAAGCUAAUGAGCUGCUAGCUCUAGCUUAAUAUUUACUGUACAGGCAUGAGAAUGUUGUCAAUCUUCUCAUCAGUCUCUGCCAGAAAGUGAAUUAGCAUAUUUCCCAAAGUGUCAAACUAGUCUUUUAACUUAAUAGUUCAAAUUUAAUAUUCAGGUUAUUCCACUCCUAUGUUGUACUUUCUCCUCCAUCACUUCAUCUCCUGCAGUUUUCACUGCCACUAGAAGAAGCAGCUCACUCACCUUAAUUAGCUGCUCUCAUGUUUUGUUCUUUUCCCUUUUGUUUUUGUGCCUGGGUUCAGUUUGUGUGGAGUGCCACUUUAAUCAACAGUGGACUCCAUCAGGCCUCCAUUUUGGCAGCCCAGUGAUGAAGCUGCUGGUUGUGAUAAAAUGGAGGAAAGUUCAGCUUCCUGUGCUGAGCUGCAGAGCUGACCACAGGAGACACAUUUUCCAACACUGACCGUUCAUGACACUGCCCUCAAAGUGCUGGCAAAGGUGUGUGUGGCUUUUGAAUUCCUGUGUGUCCAUGUGUAAUUAAACCUUUGCUGACAUGAA